AUUCCCUUUCCUUCCAGAUCCUGUCCCAAUCAUAAAUGUUUCAAAUGUCCCGUCUUGAUAACGUGCGAAGAGUCGAAUCAUUGCCAAUAGGGCUUAAUGGUGAAAGUGAUUUUGAAACUCCACACAUUACUAAGCUAUGGGGAAUUCACCAGACUUUGGCACAACUUCGGGGUGUUAUGACAAAACAAGAAAUACACAUGGAUAUCCCGGAAGUUAGCGAAGAAAUACUAAGCGAAGAUCCAUCUGUGCUUCCACAAACUUAUAUCGUUAUCCAACUAAACCCGGAAAUUUCUGCAAAAACACUUCAAUGGAUUAUUGAAAAAAUUAAAGGGCGAAGAAGAAAUGGUGGAGGAGAACUUAUAGUAUUUAGGCAACCAUAUAUUAAAGAGGAACCAAUUUAUCUUCAUGUUUCUGCGUCAAAAAUAAAAUUUUUGGAAUGUGCCGAAGAAAUGGAAUUAGUAAAAAUGGAUAUUCACGGUCAAAUGAGGGAAUUUACCGUUGGCGAAUUAGACGAUUUUCUUUCAGAGGGAAUGCACGUUGACGAUUUACUCACCACGGCUGAAAAACAAACAAUCGUAAGAAACGAAUUGGAAAAUAUUAGGGCUUUACUCGAAGAUCACCACGUCCCCGGUUUCAACAUGGUUACUCUCUAUGAAGGACAAUCGAUUUUACAAGUUUGUAUGGAAGCCAAUAUAGUAUUAAAAAUGUAUCCAUUACACGAAGCGGAAACUUUAAAGAAACUCGGAAGGAAAUGGUAUUUGUCUGUUUUUAGAAAACAACCAUUUGAGGAAAUUCGAUUAUAUUUUGGCGAAUCGAUCGCGUUAUACUUUACCUUCCUGGGGUAUUACACCAUGGCGCUUAUUGUUCCUGUUAUUUUGGGAUUUCUUCAGCUGCUUCUCUCGAUCGAAACAGUUCCCUUUUUCUGCAUAUUUAAUGUAGUUUGGGUAACCGUAUUUUUGGAAGUAUGGAAAAGGAAAAGUAACGAGUUAGCUUUCCAAUGGGGUACAAUCGGUAUGACCAGUUUGGAUUUACCCAGAGUAAAUUUUCGUGGUCCCAUGUCUUCGGAUGAGGUGACGGGAAAGUUGCAACCUCAAUACCCCAGAUGGAAAACUAACGUAAAGAUGUAUUGCGUUUCACUUCCAAUAUCAUUUUUAUGCACCCUCGGUUCCUUUGUGAUAAUGUUGGUAUCUUUUUGGAUUGAAGACGGCUUAAAGAACAUCGAUUCAAGAUGGGCUGCUCACACCAUUCAUAUACCAAGCAUCGUUUACACCGGAGUCGUGUACGUUAUGAAUGUAUAUUAUAGGAAAUUAGCAACUUUUCUUACUGAAUGGGAGAAUCAUCGAACUCAAUCUCAAUACGAUCGACAUCGAGUAACCAAAUUAGUACUUUUCGAAUUCGUCAACAAUUUUAUGUCGCUUUUUUACAUCGCUUUUAUCAUCCAAGAUAUGGAUAUGUUAAGAACUCAAUUGGCGACAAUGUUAAUUAUUUUACAAGCGAUUAAUAAUCUUCAAGAAGCCGUCCUUCCAUUUAUUUGGAAAUUUUAUGUUACAAAAGUAACUCAACUGAGAAAACUUUUCUCGUUUCUUAGCAAACUACAUUCAAAAAAUGUCGAUAACCGCUACAUGUCAACAAAUGAUUUUAAAGAAGAACCUUUAAAAAAUAUACCUCAAUUGGAAAUCGAUGAUCCAAGGGUGAAUAUUGCAAUCCGCGAAGGAGACAUGGAAGAAUACGAAGGAACUUACGACGAUUACCUCGAAAUGUUUAUCCAAUUUGGAUAUGUGAUUUUGUUUUCGUCGGUUUAUCCGAUCGCGGGAUUUUGGGCAAUUUUCAAUAACGUUUUGGAAAUUCGAGCGGAUGCUUUUAAACUUUGCAUGGUCUAUCAAAGACCGAUGGCUAGAAGAGUUAAAGAUAUCGGUGCUUGGCAACGUUGGUUUAGUAUUGUAGGUGCGAUUUCGAUACUAACCAAUUGUGGAUUGUUGUUUUUAAGUCCGCAAAUGCGAAGGAAAGGAUCAAAUUUUGGUCAAGUGGAAUGGGUUUUGAUCUUUGUACUUUUAGAACACUUUUUGCUGGCUCUUAGGUACAUUUUGCAUAUUACGAUUCCGGAUAAACCCCUCUGGGUUCGAGUUGCUUUAGCGAAAAGGAAUUAUGAAUCAAAACAAGCACUCAAACAUGAGAGAUCUCAAAAAUGCCGACGUUUAUUAACUAGGAAGUUUAAAACCGUGCACGGUUCGCAUGCACGAUAAUAAAAUAUCUAAAUUGCAACAAAAACGUAAAAUAACAUUUAUCCACAGAUUUAAACCAAAAAUUAUGUAAUAACUUAUCGAACUAUAAUAGAAAAUUUUUGACAUAC